CUCAGAAGAGGGAGUGUUUUUAGUCCGGGGGGUAAAGGAGAGGAGUUACACGGGAGGAAUGAAAAACACGGUGAAAAAAGCAGGCAAAGAUUUCGAUGUCGGAUUUGUACCUUGUAGGGAUUGGAAUUCGGGACCUCGAGAAGAGUAAAAAUGCGUUAAAGAUUUGAUUUAGAGGCUUCGAAUGCCGUUUCUGACAUGGUGAGGUGAAAGUUCGGGGAGAAAUGGUUGGAAAAAGGUUUUGAAACGUCUCCUGGGACCCCCGGAAGAGCAUUAUUUAAGGAAUUCAGACGAUUGAGGGAAGCUAUCUCGUAGAUCGCUAAAAUUUGUAUUCUCGCACUUGAAUUUCUAGAAAGACAGCCUGGUACAGGGUUGAAUUAUAAGGACAUUUCUCCCGAGGGUUAUUGAACAGCAAGGCUUUGAUUGUUGUGCUAAAUUGUGUAAACGAGGUUCUCCAAGGGAUUUGGGAUUAAAGCUUUUGUUGGUGAAGGUUCAGUGAGGAACUUUAGGUCAAAUCUUUGGACUUGGGAUAUUCAGUCGUAGAAGGGCGAGGCUUUUUGUGUGAUAGGCUUCAGGCAUGGGUUCAGGAAGAGGUAGUUUGGAAGCUGCUCGCAGGGGGAUUCGAACCCUUUUCUUUAUGGUGAUAAUGCUGGGGUCUCUUCUGGUUGUUUCAGCGCCGGUUUUUGUGGCUAUAGUGGACAUUAUUGUUCCGUCUAUUUUGCUUAGGGUUUUUAAAUCAUGCCAUGGAUUGAAGGUGGACUGGAAUAUCUACAGUUUUCGCUCUUCUCUGGUCGACAUUCCUCUCAUUUCUCUGAUUCGGUCUAUCAUUAUAAUCUGUGUUUAUGCUUUCUGUGACAUGCCAGCCCUCUCCCAUGGACCCUAUCUUGGUACUGCCACAGUUUGUGCGUUGGUAUCGGCCGUGGUCCUAACAGUUAAGGCACUUUUAUUCCAUGUACAUGAUGCAUUGCAAAGUCCCUCUUAUGGAGCCGGAAGCCUACAUUUGAAGCAGUCGUGGGGCAUGCCUGUAAUGUUCUUGUCAUCUAUGGUGUUGGCACUUGGGCAUAUUGUUGUAGCAUACAGGGCAAGCUGUAGAGCCCGACGGAAGCUUGUUUUCCAUCGGGUUGAUUCAGAAAGCGUUUUGUCAUGCAAAACGGUUUUCAAUGGAUACCAGAAGGUUCCUCGCUCCCCAACCCCAAAUUCCAGUAAAAGUUCUUCAAAAAUUGAUUCUGAUGAAAAGAGACGACUAAUUUAUGAGGAGAAAGACCUGCCUGCCAGAAUGCUUGCUGAUGCCGACAGUCUUUUCAUUCAGUUUGAAGGUCUUCUUGUUCAUUAUAAGAUUGUGAAUGGAGGCUCAUCUGCUGACUCUCCCAUUUAUAGGUCUUUUCAGGGUAACCAUGGUCGAAGUCAGUGUGUUACCCCAGGAAGGCUUAGGAUUGAUAAUACUUUUGCCUUUCCUUCGAAAGGUAGUCCUCUACCCAGGAGUUACAGCAACAAUAUGACAAAUGCAUCACUUUACGCUCCACUAUUAAGUGGCUCUGUUGCAGUGGAUGUAGAUAAAUCAUGGAAUCCGGAUUUUAAUGAACAUUGUGGAUUUGCUCAGAAUAUGCCUGAAUUGAAUCUCGAAGAGUAUGAAAGGCCUGGAAUAGUAGAUAUGAAGGCUGGGCAACAAAACAAUGGCUCUCAUGGUAUAAUAUUGAUACAUGGGUUUGGGGGAGGUGUUUUUUCAUGGAGGCACAUAAUGGCUCCCUUAGCUAGACAAACCGGACAUCCUGUUGUAGCUUUUGAUCGGCCUGGUUGGGGAUUGACUUCUCGUCCUGGCAGGGCAGAAUGGGAAGAAAAGAAAAUGUCUAAUCCAUAUAAACUUAUUGCUCAGGUCAAUCUGCUGUUUUCUUUUUGUCAGGAGAUGGGUUUUUCUUCAGUUGUGCUUGUGGGUCAUGAUGAUGGAGGAUUACUUGCUCUAAUGGCAGCUGAAAGAGCACAAACCUCUAAUCAACAGAUAGAGGUUAAGGGGGUGGUCCUUGUUAGCGUAAGUCUAACUAGAGAAGUUGUGCCAGCAUUUGCGAGGAUAUUGCUGCACACAUCUCUUGGGCAGCAUAUGAUGCGCCCUCUUUUGCGCACUGAGAUAAGCCAAGUUGCCAAUCGCCGUGCUUGGUUUGAUGCAACAAAACUAACAUCAGAUGUUCUCGAUUUGUACAAGGCACCAUUAUGUGUUGAAGGAUGGGAUCGAGCGCUUAGAGAAGUUGGCAAGUUUUCUUCGAGUGCUGUUCUUUCUACUCAAAAAUCUGCAGAAUUAUUGAGAGCAACAAAAAAUUUACCAGUGUUGAUAGCUGCUGGUGCAGAAGAUAUUUUAGUUCCACUUAAAUCGUCUCAUGCUUUAGCAUCAAAGCUCCCUAACUCUAGAUUAGUUGCAAUAUCUGGGUGUGGACAUUUACCUCAUGAAGAAUGUCCGAAAGCAUUGCUUGCAGCCUUGUUACCCUUUCUCUCAAGACUGUUCAAGGUUUCAUCAGAAACGUGAAGCAUAGCAUGAGGACUAAACCAAACAUGUUUGAUGAUAGUUGCUAAAUUGCUGGAUGUGGAUCCUCAACUUCCUUGAGAGGGAGUGUUUCCAUUUUUCAGGGACAGACAGUACCUGUACACAUUUGAAUGGAGCUCACAAACUUUCUCAGCAAACUGUUGUUGUUGUCUACAUGAAAGGGAGGACAUAUUCUAAUCCCAGUCAUUAUGGGAUUGCUAACCAUUCAUUCAUUUAAAUUUGCGAUUUCGGAGUGCAGAAUUAUUUGCAGGCUUGGUAUCUUCUCUGUAUGUCAAAAUCUCAAAGCUAUGAGAGGGAACCCAAAAAGGGCGAUGGAUAUUUGGGAAAGAAGCUUAUUGCAGCAUUCAUUCAGAAAAGCCCCUAAUUGUGAUAGUGUGACCAUUGUAUCUGCUUGGAGUUUGUAUAUUUUGAGGAAAUUGAAUGGCUUUGUGUAUAAUAUCUAGCCCUAUAUUGCACAUUUUACUUGUGCUGAAUGUUGAUAUGAUUUAUCAAAUUGUCUCAUACACAUGAUUCUUCUAUUGGCAAAGCGGAGUAUUCUUCUGGCUUUCUUGAUGCGCUAUUUUGAAAAGAUUCCAAUUUUAGCCGGAGAAUUAUCGGGUUUUGGAAGAUAAGACUCUGCUGCAUUAAUUAUGAUCCACUCAUUAUGACGGUUAAAAUGUUUGUUCUUUUGUGCUAGCGAAUCUUUGCUGGCAUUGUAUAGAGAGCAUGUUUGUUACCUUUAGAUACUAUUUUUAUAUUAGCUCCAACAUGUCUUUAAUGGAAGCUGUUACAAUA